GCGCGGGGCCGCGGAGGCGGGAGCCCCAAGUGCGGGUCUAGCUCGCUGCGUGGCCGUAAAGGAGCCCGGGUGUCGUAAAAGGGCCGCAGUGGCAGCGCCCUGGCCGACGGCUGGUAGCCCAUUUUGGACGCCGUCGUCGCUGCGAAAACCGGUGCCACCUGUUGCUAGUCCGGUCGCUGGUGACAGCGAGGCUUCCGCGCGCGCUGCUGCUGGGCGGCCUCGGAGCGGCCCGCGGGCGGGAAGGGCCGGCGGCGGGAUGCGGCCUGUGGACGCGGACGAGGCGCGGGAGCCCCGGGAAGACCCAGGCAGCCCGCUGAGCCCUGCGUCCCACGCCGGCCGUGAGGACCGGGCCUCCCUGGAGCGCGAGCGCGCCCGGGCGCACUGGCGGGCCCGCAGGAAGCUGCUGGAGAUCCAGAGCUUGCUAGACGCCAUCAAGAGCGAGGUGGAGGCGGAGGAGCGGGGCGCCCGGGCCCCUGUACCCAGCCCGCGCGCGGAGGCGGAGGAGCGGGUGGCCAGGCUGUGCGCCGAGGCGGAGAGGAAGGCCGCGGAGGCGGCGCGGAUGGGCAGGAGGAUCGUGGAGCUGCACCAGCGGAUUGCCGGCUGCGAGUGCUGCUGAGCCGGCGGGGCCGCGCGGGGCUGGAGCGGAGCGCGGCGGGGAGUGUCGCGCGUGGAAGGCGCUGGGCAGCCAGGGAGGGGCGCGCAGAGCCGUGGCCACGCUCUCCGCCAAGUUGGUUUCACUCUUUUUUCAUAGGUUGCCAACUGAUGAACUGUGUUCACCUGAUAAGGAGUUCGUGGCUGCUUGGACAGACUGAUACCAAGAGAGCCUUUCGUUUUGUGUCCCCUGUUUUUCUGCCUGCGUUUUCUCCACGUUAGCCACUAAAUUUCCAGUACCAACCUGGUGGAUGACUUCAGCAUUAGAUGGUCAUGUGUAUUUUUUGGUUAAUAAGUGCAUUCAGUUUGGAAGAGACAGCUUUUCAUUCAUGUCCCAAGCGAAGGAAUAGGGCCUGUACAGUAUGUACGCUGCUGUGUGGUCAUAUUUGUUCCUGCGAUUUUAUUCUGUUUUCAAAGUUUGGAAGUAUACCCUUGUGCUUUCCUAUUUUUUUAUGCUUCUUGGAAUUUGGGGACUCAUGGGAGACUGGAAGUUAGAAUUCUACAAGUGAGAAGACACUACGUGGUUGCAGCUGCCAAGAUCAAGAACCCGAGCCCCAGUCAAGGUUGUGAAUGCGACUUUGGAUGAGAUUGAGAAGGCCCCAGUGGAUGGUUGGUCUGGAAGAGUGGUGGUGUGUGGAUUUGAGGACCAUCAGAUCAAAGGAGGAGAGCUGUUUUGGUGUUUUGUUUUUUUGUUUUUAUAGCAUUUUUUUUUUUCCUGGAAUGUAAUUUUCCUAUGGCAUGUUAACUGGUGCACGUUGUGUAACCUGUCUGGUGAGGAAUCUAUAAUUGGGAUGAGUUCUAGGCAUAUGUGUUUGCUAACUUUGGGGUAAUCUUCGUUAUGAUAGUCUCUGCCACAAAUGCAUGUGACCUUUUCAAGGGCCCAGAGUGGCUGAGGAAGGAAAGCUUCAAGCUGGCCAUGAGGGUCUCAAACAGUCAUUCCAGGCUUAGAUGAUGACUAGCCUAGGUUAUCAGAGCCCAGACUCCACAGGGACUAAAAUCAGAGCUCCGCCUUGUGAUGAUUUAGUUCAUUUGCUUACAAAAACACAUGCUGAAAGCCAGCUUUUAGAAUCUUUGUGCAGGUGACCAAAGCAAUUGGCCAGGAAAAAGUAAGAUGAAUAAACAUUUUUCAAAAUGAGUU